AUGCCGACACGUCCUCCUCGGGCACGGUCAAUUAACGAACUACUCCGAGUCGCCGGCCGGCCCCGCCUCCUCCCUCGAGGCGCCCUCUGCCCCAGCGGAAGCCGAGCCGAGGCGACGGCCAUGGCGAGCGCCGCGCCGCCGCCACCGGACUCGGAGCCGCCCGAGUGCCCGGUGUGCCUCUCGCCCUUCGACGCCGCCUCCGUCGUGCCGCGCGUCCUUCCGUGCGGCCACUCCCUCUGCGGCUCCUGCAUCUCCUCCCUCCCGCCCGCCUCCGCGUCGGCCGCGGCCUCGUCCCUCCGCUGCCCGCUCUGCUCCCAGUGCGUCCCCUUCUCCCGGGCCCUCGGCCCCUCCUCCCUCCCCAAAAACCUCGCCCUCCUCUCCCUCCUCCCAUCCCUCCCCAACCCUUCCCCGCCCCGCACCGCCGGGGCCGCAUCCGCCUCCGCGGCGCGACCCCUCCCUCUCCCGCUCCACGCCGCCCACUCCCGCCUCCUCGCCCGAUUCCGACACGCCAUCCUCCCCGAGUCCGCCUCCCCGCUACACUCCUCGCCGCCCGGCCACCCUCCCGCCGGCCUCGCGCUCGGGUCGAUCGCCUGCGACCUCGGAGCCCCCUGGUUCUGCUCGCGGGGACACCCCGUAAGCCUCCUCCCGAUCGAUGCUCCCGCCGGCGGGGCGCCGACGCAGGAGGCCGCGUUCUACCGGCCCAGCCACGCCGCGCGGGUCAUCGCCGCGAUCGACGCGCUGAGCAGCGCCGCGAGAGAGGAGAUGCUCGAUUUGGUGGCCGCCUCCACGCGAUUGGCGCGGCGGGUGUGCAGGGUUUACGGCGCCUGGAUGGGUCCCGUGGCGGCAACGCUGUGGCUGGUCUCUGAACGGUACACGCCGGGAGUUCCCCCCUUGUUGAAUGAGAGGAGCGACGAGCUGGAAACUGUGGCUCGGAUUGGAGCUUUUGGAAUGGAGGUGUGUGAAGCGCUCAUGGGAUUGCACGGCGAGGGGCUGGUGCUGGGUUGCCUCCGGCUGGACUGCUUCAGCCUUGAUCAUUUUGGGCGCUGCCUGCUCGACUUGAAUGAGGUUUUGGCCUUGUGCCGUGGAGUCCGGGCAGGGGUUUGCUUGUCCAAGGAUGGUGCUUUGGUUGCUCCCGAGAUGGUGGCAAUUCUGAGGGACGCCACAAGGAUGAGGAGUCAUGAUUUCGAUGGCUUGAUAGGGCGUAAUUCAGAUGUUUGGCUGAUGGGCUGUAUAUUGGUGGCGCUUGUUACUGGAGACGAGCGGCUUGCGGCGGGGUGGAAUACUGUUGGAUCAUAUGAUGAUUGGCAGAAGGAAGUGCUUACGAGGCUUGACGCUGCAUUGGUUGGUACACAGUUAGAACCAUUGGCUGCAACUACAGCGUUAUGCUUAAGCUAUGAACCAGAAAGCCGCCCUGAGAUUGCUGAUGUUUGGAAAUGUAUCAGAGGCUCACAGAUGAAACCUGGUGCCGAUGCUUUGGCUCCUGCUGAUGAUAUUGUAGCUCAGAAAAGUUUUAGGUGUUUGCUCCUCGGGGAGUUGUCCUCAAUGUGCUCCGCCCAAGCUGUUGAGUCAGAUGAUAUAGUGCAGCCCUCUCAAGAUUCUGAUGACAAAAGUUCAACUCCAGAUGAUGAAAACAAUUGUGGUUGCUCGAACGACGAGUCUGUUUCCACAGCAGGAACAGAUGAGCCACAGCGUAACGGAGUGUUUAAAUCUUCAACUCUGCUCGCUCACCGUGACUGCGUCACAGGAUUAGCCAUUGGAGGGGGAUUUUUGUUUAGUUCUUCUUACGACAAAACAAUCAAUGUAUGGUCGCUGCAGGACUUCUCUCAUGUGCAGACUUUAAAGGGUCAUGAGCACAAAAUCACAGCAAUUGUUGUUAUCGACAAUGAUAACCAGUCUCUUUGUAUAAGCGGAGACAGUGGCAGUGGAAUUUUUGUCUGGCGUGUUGGUACCUCUCUCAAGCAAGAACCGUUGAAUAAAUGGUAUGAAACUAAUGAUUGGAUCUACCGGGGUGUUCACUGUUUGGCUGUGUCUGGAACCGGUCAUCUUUAUACUGGCAGUAGAGACAAAUCUAUUAAAGCUUGGUCUCUGGAGGAUUAUUCACUUCGAUGCACUAUGACAGGCCACAAAUCAACCGUGUCUUGCCUUGCAGUUGCUAGCGGUAUUCUUUACAGUGGAAGUUGGGAUGGUAGUAUUCGAUCAUGGUGGCUUACUGAUCACAGCCCGUUGUCUGUACUUGAAGAUGAUGCACCGGGAAGCAUAGCCCCUGUGUUGUCAAUUUCAACAGAAGCUAAUUUUGUUGUUUCAUCAUAUGAAAAUGGCUGUUUGAAGAUUUGGAAGGAUGAUGUCCUCGUUAAAUCAGAGAAACUUCAAAGUGCUUCUAUUUACGCUGUUAAAUUGAAUGGUAAAUGGCUCUAUACUGGUGGAUUGAAUAAAGCCGUAAAUAUUCAGGAGUUAUUAGAAGACGAGUCAGAGUUGGAAAUCAGAGAUGUCGCUUCCAUCUCUUGUGAUUCAAUUGUAACUUCAAUAUUGUACUGGGAUGAAAAGCUCAUAGUUGGACUCUCUAACAGGGAAAUUAAGGUUUACGACAAGGGUUCUUAG